ACAAUUUUUCUUUCUCUUCUUUAUUAUUAUUAUUAUUCAAAAUAUGUCCAAUAGUAGUAGUUUUCUGCCCGCAUCGCGAGUAGCAGACUAUUUCUUUGUGGCUGGACUUGAUGAUGCUAAUAUUAUACCAACAUUUGAGAAUGCCAAAAAGUAUCAACAAUUAAGUGACAAUGACAAUCACUACUACCAGCAACAAGAGAUGGCCAUCAAUGGUACAAAAACAACAGCUACUCGGCCCCGUCCUCAAGGAGUCACGUCAGACCCAACAUUUCUAAAGUCAUUCCCAAAGGAAGAGGCAUCUAAUUCACUAUUAGGCGUGCUAGACCAUGUUCAAACCGUCAUUGAUAAUUUCGAUAAAGAAAGGGACAUGGCUCGUGAUAAUGUGAUUGCAGUGCAUGACGCUGACAAGUACAAACGAAGUGAAAGCGACAAGACGAUAAAAGUACAUAGGUCAAAUACGAGAAAAUGGAGAAGUCCUUCCGAGUCAAAGUCAGAACAUAAAAAGUCUACAGCGUCCAAUAUAGAACAAGUAGAUAAAAAGAUACCAAACAUAUUAGAAUUAAAAUUUACACCUACUGUCUUAAUGCGAUACCCAAGUACAAGUUAUUCUGAGCAUGAACCAUUUCCAGCCUAUGCAGCCAUGUUUUGCUUUCCUAGAGAUAUUUCACUAAUUUAUGGAGAUUCACCGCCUCCCGAAAAGUCUCAUUCAUUUGCAAUGACAGAUGAAAAUGGAGGUACAGUCUACGGGUCCUGUGUGACGUUUUACGAGAAGCUACCUUCAGAACUACAUCAAGCUGUGAAUCAGGCUAUUCAAGAAUGGGUGGCUGUCAAUAUGCCAACGAGCACUAUUGAGUAUGCUCAACACUUGAAGGGAAAGAUUGAUGCCGAAAUGGCAGCUGCAGAGGAGGCAAAGAGAGAAACAUUGGGCGGCAGACAGAGCCUAGAAGAUCAAGUGAGAUCAUGUCAGGAGAAUAUGGAUCUAUACAAAGAACUCUUGGAGCCUGUAAAGAUGGCUGUAUGCAAUGCCGAGUGUAUUUGGGUGCCAAAAAGCAUUGGUUUGCUAGGGAGAAUGCCUUGGAUUGAUUUAUACGAUGAUUGGCUUCGCAUCGUGCUCGAUAAUGUAGUGGGUGUUGGUGGAUACAGACAUGAUAAGCCUACGAUCGAUAUUGAAAGUGCUAUAGUCAACUUGAUCGACGAAGUACCAUUGCCUCCACCAGGAAGAUUCGAAAUUGGAUUAACAAUCAAUUCAAGACCUUUAUUCUUUUCACGGCCUCCGAUAAACCAAGUGCCUAUAUUAAAAAAUGUAAACAAGGCAUAUAGUUUUUCACUCUAUCCUCUAUUUCGAGCUCUAUCACCUCACUUAAUACUUGUCAUUUUGGAAACACUAUUAGCUGAAGGAAAGGUUAUAUUUCUAUCGCAAUACCCCAGCAUGCUUUCUUUGGCCUGUGAAUCAUUUAGAUAUCUGCUUUUUCCUUUUUACUGGCAAUUUGUAUAUAUUCCUGUACUUCCAGAAAGGUUACUGACGUGCUUGCAAGCGCCUGUUCCCUAUCUUGUUGGUUUUCAAGGCAUAAUGGAAGAUCUAGGCGAUCAUGUACCUGAAGAUGCAUGUAUUGUAAACAUUGAUAGCAACACCAUUCACCAAAGUUUGCGAGUGAUGCCUUUACCGGAACGACAAAGGCGUAAAUUACAAUCUGCACUUGAACAGUAUGCACCAUUGCAUACACGAUAUAAGAUCCCAUACGGCGUACCGUUGCCAGUACAAAACACAUUUCCAAAAGGAAAGCUCAUUCUUCACUGCAGCAGGUCAAGGACGACAGAUGUGUAUGUAAGUCCUGCCCGACUCCCACGCGAUUCUGAAAGCUCAGACACGACAUCAAUUUGGUCCAAUCCUGCCUCUCUUAUUUCCAACUCUCUUGGUCUGAGUAGUAACGUCAGCACCCGAAGUUCAAAUGAGUCAUCGGGCACAUCCUACGAAAGUAAGGAAGAUCCAACACCCAGUCUACCUCAAUUUCCUGGUUCAGCAUUUUUUUCAACAAACUAUAACUCUUCGACAACCUCUCUUCAAAGCACGCUGACCGGCCCUAUCAGACCUUCUCUAUCGAGCUCGUCCAAUAAAUCACCGCAUCAGCGCGUAUCUAUGCCGAUUACAGCAGCUACACCAUCAUCGAAUGGGCAUAAUUCGUAUAGAAAAGCAAACCAAAGACGAUCUGAGCCUCCAAAGGGCGCAGAUAAUUUAUUCAGUCUUAACCAAACGACCGAUUCUCAGGAUACAUCUAAAAACAGGCUUUCCACCUUCAUGUCAAAACCCAUGGCGGUAUUCCAGCAUGACACAGGGCAUUCAUCACCUCAUAUGCCUACACCAUCUUUACAAAAAGCAAACGAGUUUGAUCCUCACUACUACAACUACAUGCCACGUCGUAUAAAACAUAUUGAAGGACAUAUGAUGGCAGAAAUCUUUACAGCCGAGCUCAAUCGUUUCCAAGGGUAUCGAUGUGUCUGUGGUCGACAAGUGACUGAAGAACAACAAGGGGAGCGAAAGGCUCAGAUGUUUAUGUGUUGUCAGGAAUGUAAACUAGUGACACAUGAUACCUGCACAGAUCAGAUCCUUCACCCAUGUUUGCCUAGUUGCUUUGAUGAACAAAAGAUCCAUAAUGCCUUUAUCCGCAUGUUUGCUUCCCUUUUAUACAAUUAUCGAACAGGCUUUGUUGACCAUUUGGAUAAUCAUGCAACAGCCAUCACUGCUUCUAAUACCACAAGUUCUGGUAGGGUUCAGCCUUUGUAUUUCUCAAAGGAAAAGUUCCUGAAGCAUUCUGAUAAGGAUACAAGAGAAUUUUUAUCCCACUUGAGCAAUUCUCAAAUGUUCACUCAGUUCAUCACAGAUCGAUUACUGAAACCUGAACAAGAUCCAGAAAUCCUAGUGUUUGAUGAAUACAUCAAGUUAAAAUUAAAUAGAUCUAGACUCAAGCUUGUCAAGGAUGAUACACCAUUUUUAAACGAUGAUUCAUUUAGAGUAUCACAGAUUAUAUGGGCAACACCACCUGUGAAUGACAUUGGAGAGAAAAAGUAUAAACGAUUUCCAACUAAUCUUCAAUUCAAGAAAUAAUGUAUAUUUGUAAUUGUGUACACACUUUUGUAUUACUAAUACUAUUAAUGGCAACAAUAAACCUUUUAAUAUGACUUUUAAAAAAAGAGAGGAGAGAGAGAGAGGAUGGGAUUCAUACAAGAAGGAGAGAGAAGAAUUGAUGUUUGGUCACGUUUACCUUUUUAUCAUCAAAGAAAAAAGCAUGAAUAUAUUUGUAAAAAGGGCGUUCAUUUUAACUCUAAUCUCCUCAAUGCAUCGCAUGAAUAACUCUCCUAAAUAAAAUUGAGCUUUCCCUGAAUGAUG